AUGUCACAACCACUUUCCAAGACGGCCUCGCACGCUGGACGGGCGGUGUUCCGCCCGCGGAGCGAGUUCCCCGAGUAUAGGGUUGCGCUUGCACAACUGAAAGGCCAUCAAACCAAAGCUUUAACUAGGAUGCAGCAGCUUGCACCACAGAUCAACCUGGUAUUAGAAUUGAGAGACUCUAGGACACCAUUGUCGAGUUCUAACGUUUUGAUUGACAAAAUUUUCAAGGGGAAGGACAAAGUCAUUGUUUACACAAAGGGAGACAUGUCUCCUCUUAGUAGUGAGCUUCUAAGUAGAUGGCAUGCACCACGAAACGAGACCUUUGUUGAAUUAGACUGUCGUCGUGGGAAGGACAUCCACAAAGUUCUGGGUCUCCUCAAGAGCAAGUAUGGAUCUAUGAAGCCGCCGCCACCAUUGGGUUUGCGACUUAUGGUUACGGGGAUGCCCAAUGUGGGGAAAUCGACCUUGGUCAAUGGAUUGCGGCAACACGGACUGCAGGUGAAACAUUUCAAAAAAGUUGCACGUACGGGAGACCUUGCCGGAGUUACCAGAAACACGUCGGAGAUUAUCCGGAUCUGUGAGAAACCAGAGAUUCUGCUCUACGAUACCCCAGGUGUGCUUCUACCUCAGGUAAACGAUAUCAAAACCAUGUUGGGCCUAUAUUUGGUUGGUACUGUAUCUGGUGGUGGACACAUGUCUGCAACAGGUAAUGGUGUCGACCCUGUCAUUGCUGCCGACUAUCUGCUUUACAUGCUGAACCUUAACGAGCCAUCGGGCAAGCUCUAUCGGCGGUACUUGGCGAGACCGACCAACGACGUCUACGAGCUACUCGAAGGUGUUGGCAAAGUGACGCGAGACCGUCGCCGGAGCCGUGUGGACGGCGUGAUGAGGGCCAACUAUACCGGGUGUGCGCUCCAUCUUGUACAGGAGUUUCGGCGUGGCAAGCUCGGAAAGGUAUGUCUCGACGAGGAGGUGCUUAAAGGCGUCACUGGUGAGGAGUAUGCACGGCUCUUUGAGCAGGAAGAGGCACGUGUUGGGGGACUACAAACGAGAAUUGGUGUUAUGGAGACCCUCUAUGCGACAAAUGAGAGGGAGCGUGCUACAGUUGAAGAAGCAAGGGUGGCCAAGUUGGGUAAACACCAGCGCAAGAAGCAAGAACAGAUGCGACAGAGCAACCAGUUGUUUUUCUGA